AUGGUGCACUUUAGCCUGGGAGUUGGAGAUGUGGUGGUAAUGGUCCUCCUUUUCGGCCUGACCAUUGCGAAGAGUAUUUGGGUGAGCUGGCACGCCAAUCGAGCGGACAAAGAUGGGGUUGUGCAGUCGGACAGCUUCUUCCUUGCAGGACGCAGCAUGCCAUGGUGGGCUGUAGGGCUAAGCAUUUUCGCCUCGAACAUCGGCACGGAGCACUUCGUGGGGCAGGCCGGUGCUGCGGCCGAGGGCGGCGUCAGCGUGGCCAUGUACGAAUGGUCUGCAGGUUUGCUGAUCUUCUUCUUGGGCUUUGGCCUGGCUCCGAUGUAUUUAGGCCUUGACCUCACCACCACGCCACAGUGGUUCGAACGACGCUUCAACACGGAGUGUCGCAUCCUCCUGGCUGCUGUGUCGAUUGUGGCCUAUGUGGUCACCAAGAUUGCCGCCAGUCUGUUUGCGGGCGCUCUCUUGUUCGACGUCAUGCUGGGUAUCUCCAUGUGGACCAGCGUGCCCGUCAUCCUGAUGAUCACAGCGCUGUACGCGGCUUCAGGAGGUUUGAAAGCUGUGAUGUACACGGACGUGGGACAAGCCAGCAUUUUCAUUCUCGGGGGCGUGGUUGGCACGAUCUUUGCCUUCAGCCAGAUUGGUGGUUUGUUCGGCCUUCUGGAGACCUUCGAGAAGAACGAAUUGGGUUCAUUGACCAAGACGAUUCGCUCACCUGCGGAUGCGCAAUAUCCCUGGACAGGUAUGUUGGUUGGCCAGCCUUUGUGUUCCUUCUGGUAUUGGUGUGUGGAUCAAACCAUGGUGCAGCGUGUUUUAAGUGCCAAAGGAGUGCCCCAUGCGCGGAAAGGCUGCCUUCUUGCAGGCUAUUUGAAGAUCCUCCCUCCAAUUCUAAUGGUGUUUCCAGGCAUGAUUGCCAGAGCCUUUUAUGAGGAGUGCCAGAGAACAGAUGGCGACCUCUAUGGCAACUGGUGUCACACGAAGCUGGACGAUGGCAAUGAGUCCAGCAAGGCCUACCCGUACCUCAUCGCCAAGACCUUCCCCGACGGCCUCAGAGGUUUGCUUGUGGUCAGCAUGGUACUGGCGAUGAUGUCAAGUUUGGACUCGGUCUUCAACUGCGUGUCCACCAUUUUCACGCACGACAUCUUCUUGCGAUUCCUUCAGCCAGGCGCUUCCGCUCGGCGCCAGAUCUGCGUGGGUCGCCUGGUGACCUGCGUCACGGCCUGUUGCGGCCUGGCCUGGCUGCCGUUCAUCGCAGCCUCGGCCAAGGGCUUGUAUCUGACCACGCAGAAUGCACAGACGCAUAUGUCGCCGUGCUUGGUGGCAGUUUUCUUAGUGGGUCUCUUUUGGCCACGAGCCAAUGGCAAAGGAGCGCUGGCUGGGAUGCUGGUGGGAUUUGCCACUGGCCUGACACGUUUCAUCCUAAACUUCAUGGCUGGUGACCAAUGUGAGCCCUGGAGCGCGCUUCAUGCGCGCAGUAUCACUUGCAUGAACUUCAACCACAUGGGUUUGCUUCUGUUCGUACUUACCGCUCUGGUGACCGUGCUGGUCAGCCUGCUGACGAAAGCUCCAGAAGCCAAUCUGGAUGGUACGACGUGGUGGUCGCGACCAAGCUCUCAGGGCGCUAGUCGAUGCGAAGUGAUAUUGGGCGGAGCAUUGCUCACGGUGCUUUUUGGUCUCAUCCUCUCCUUCGGCUCGGAGACGCUGUCCGGAGCUGUUCUGGCGCCCCUGGGGAUGAGCGUGGUGAUCGCUGUCUUCUCAAGCGUCCUUUCGCUUCGCCUUUGCUAUGACACAGCCAGGCGAAAAGCCUCGGAAAGCGCCUUCACGGGGCUUCAAGGAGAGCUACCAGCGCAGGAGGCAAACCCCUCAUGGUCCAAGGACAAGGUCGGCCAGGCAUGA